AGCGCUGCUGGCGAGACCUGUAACUCUGUGCUCGGCACAAACUUUCAUUUACACAGCCACCCAUAGCAAUCCACCGACACACACAGGGCACAUAGGAGGAAGAGGGUGUGUUUUGUGUGAGGGAGACCAAAUCCAAGAGGCAAAAGGAGACAAGUGAGACAAAGAGCAGGAGACACAGCCAACAGUGAAGAAAGUAAAAGGACCGAAUCAUGGAGUAACGGGAAUUGACUGACAAGACAACAAACACGUCCACCUGUUGGGCACCGAGGGCUAUUGUUGGAAGACUGAUCUCGGCGUAUGACUUACAGGGGGAAAGCUCAUUGGACAAGCCCUUACUUCACUUUGAGCUUGUGAUACACUGGAAAAAUUGAUGAUUGAGGAGGGCAAGAUUUCUGAGGACACCAUCACAACUUUGAGUAAGACUGGGAUCAUACCCGUACUCUUAAAAACACUAUAAAAAGUACAGAUACAAGUGUUGUAUGAUUCAUAGGGAGUAGUUUACUUCAUAGACUUGCAAGAUAUUUCAUUACUAAACUAAAUGUCAUUUAAUAUUCCAAACUACUGUAAAGACUUCUACACGACGGUGUAUAAAUGUAAUUCAAACACAGCGCUGUAAUUACAAAGCAAGCUCUGGGAAAAGUAACAGACAUUUGUAAUUAAGGACCAACUAUAAAAGGGGAAGGUUGAGGUCUGUGUGGAGCGAGAAGAGUAGGCCCAAGGACGCCCAGACAGAGAACAAGACGUCGUGCACCUCACCAAGAAAAACAGCUGCUUCUGUGACAGAACACACACCAUGGAUCCACACGGAGGACACUACCUCAGCAAAGACGCUGUGUUGUCACCAUUGGGUGCUGCCCGAAUGUGCCAGCUGGUCCUCGGCUGCACCAUAAUGGCCCUUGUGUCCCACGGCGCGGGCUACAGCGCCACCUAUGGGACCUUCUGCAUGUUUGUGUGGUGCUUCUGCUUUGCAGUGACCCUGGUCGUGUUCACCUUGGACAUCACACGGCUCCACGCGUGCAUGCCCAUUUCCUGGGACAACUUCACCGUGGCCUUUGCCAUGCUGGCAACUCUCAUGUACAUCACCGCCUCCGUGGUCUACCCGGUUUACUUCCUCCAGACAGAGUGCCCCGAUGAAAGCUGCGAGGUCCAAAUCUACCGAAUUACUGUCACCGUCUGCUCCAGUGUCUGCAGUUUCCCCUACGCAGCUGAGGUAUUCCUAACUCGAGCCAAACCAGGAGCUGUGGUGGGUUAUAUGGCCACCGUGUCUGGUCUACUCAAGGUGGUCCAGGGUUUUGUGGCCUGCAUCAUUUUUGGGGCUCUGGCAAAUGACAGUGAGUACAACCAAUACAUUGCUACCCAGUACUGUGUAGUGGUGUACAGCCUGUGCUUCUCCGUGACUGUGAUCGUGGUCAUACUGACCGUUUCUGGAAGGACCUCAGCCCUGCGUUUCCCCUUCGACCGAUUCGUGGUUGUCUACACCUUCUUCGCUGUGAUCCUCUACCUCAGCACUGCACUGAUCUGGCCCAUCUUCAGCUUUGAUAAGAAAUACGGCUCCACUACCCGGCCCGAGGACUGCCCACGAGGAGAAUGCCCCUGGGACAGUAAGCUGGUGGUGGCAGUGUUCACCAGUGUCAACCUGGUCUUAUAUUUUAUCGAUCUGAUUUACUCCCAGAGGAUCCGCUUUGUCUCCAGCUCUGCUAACAGAUGUUGACCCCCCAAGACUAUUUAGCCUCUGAGACAAGUAAACAAGGUUUUAGCAUCCAAAAUGCCCUCCACAGUCAGGUCUCAGUGAAGGACUCAUUCCCUUGAAUCCAUGAAUUUAUGGUGUUGUGUAUGUGUGACAAUUUUUUUUAUCAUCAGUAUUAUUGUAGUAUUGAGCCUCUGUACACAGCCAAACUGACAGUGUUACCCAUCAUACAGUAUUUGCAACAAACUAGAGAAAAGGCUUUUCUCCAGUUCCGAAGUGACCUACCAGGGAGAGCGGGCCAGGUGCUCCGUUGAACUGAUCUCAGCAACGCCGUGCACAGAGGACUCUGGGAAAAAUACGUCCACCUCAGCGACAGACGCAUCCCUCCUCUCUGGUGGUCUCAGACGGACCUGUGCGAGGGUGUAACAAUGUUUAGAGUAUUAGAACAGUGCCAUGUCAGAUAGACACCCUCAGUCUUACGAAGGCAAAUAAAUCCUGUUUAAUUGUAAGCUCAAACAAAAAAAAGGAAUGCAAAUAUGUCUCAUAGAGAAGCAUAGUAAAUGUUAAGUCUACAGUAUGCACUGAAUGUAGCUUGGUUUUGGCUUUACUGCCAUUUUGCUGUUGUUGUUUUUUCAGUUAUAUUCCUCAUUAUUAGCCUUCUCCGGAAUGUUAAAUGUAUCUGAUACAUGAAAUGUUGACAUCAGUUUCAAACUGAUUAUUUUGGGAUAACAAUAAUCAUGCCGUAUAGUAUUUUCUGCCUUGUCCAAUGUUUAAUAAAACAUCAAAUAUUA